CUGAAGCGUGGCGGACUGUACGUGUGUGUGCCUGUGCGUCUGUAAACACGUGUGAUAAAAUGACGGGUCAUGGGUGUCCGGGGAUUGUCAACCUCCUCAGGUUGUGUGUCCUCGUAUUGCUGCUAUCAGUGGACAUUUUCUGUGUGGAAAUUCUCGGCGUGUCCUCUAUGGAUUAUAAAUCAGGAUCCCCAGCGGCAGCGGCGGCCGCAGAGUACAACACAGCCCCCAUAGAGUCUACAGAUCUCCCCUCCUUCACAACACCAGGACGCACGUUCCGUAUAGUGACUAGUGACACAGUGGUGCUUCCCUGUGAUGUGGACAAUCCUGGAAAUUUCGUGCUGGCCUGGAAAAGAGGAAUCGCCAUCUUGACGGCUGGAAACAUUAAGGUAACUCCAGACAACAGAUUCCGGUUAGUGGACGGUUACAACCUGGAGAUCAGGGACGUGCAGACCAAUGACGCCGGCAACUACGUCUGCCAGAUCGCGACCCUCCAGCCGAGAGAAAUCACACACACUGUCGAGAUACUAGUGCCGCCCAGAAUAGAUUACGUGUCCUCGGAGGGUGAAAUGCAAGUAAAGAAAGGAUCAACAGUAACUCUACAAUGUAAAGCUUCAGGCAACCCGGUACCCACAAUCACUUGGACUAGGAAGAACAACCUACUGCCUUCUGGGGAAAAAUCUGUGGAAGGAUUCUCUAUCACCAUAGAGCAAGCAAACAGACAUCAAGCAGGCAUCUACAUCUGCACCGCCUCCAAUGGUGUGGGGGAUCCUGUGCAGAAGCAGAUAAACCUCCACGUUCUGUAUCCUCCCGAGAUCGAAGUGGAAAGAGGAUGGGUGCACUCAGGAGAAGGAUACGAGGCGCAACUCGUAUGCAUCGUCCACGCCGAGCCUCCGGCGGAAGUCCUGUGGUUCCGCGACACUCUGAGAUUAGAUUCCACCGAGCGCCGGAUAAUGGAGGUUCGGGGUAGCCGACACACCCUGCUCAUCCGUAAGGUCCAAUCAUCCGACUUCGGAAAUUAUACCUGCCAAGCUGAUAACCAGAUCGGGAAGGCCAAGCAAUCACUGGAGUUAUCAGGGAAGCCGAACCCAGCGACCUUUAGAAGUCACCCGAUGGGAAGAUUCCGAGACAGUUACAACAUUACCUGGGCCGUUAACAGUUACACCCCUAUUGAGGAAUUCAAGUUAUAUUUCCGGAAACUGCCGUUAGGCUCGCAGCCCCCCACACCUGGCCAACUAAGUGCAAUGCCGCAUCAGAACAAUGUCUACAAGCGCCCUACCAGAAGGGAAAACGACACUCAAGGUCAUCUUAUAAACGGGCGGUUCCUUGGCGAUUGGAGCAACGUCAUACUGCCGGCCAUCCCCAGCGAACAGUUCACGCAGCAGAUGAGUUACGUCAUCAAAGGUCUGGAGGGUGCUGCUCAGUACGAGGCCAAGGUUCAGGCGAAGAAUAGGUUCGGCUGGAACCAGGAGAGCGAGACUUUCCACUUCCACACCAGAGGGGCCGGAAGUUCAUUUGAACCCUCCCCAGAAACUGCUGUUUACUCAGACCCUGAAGUGAGAGACAUGGGAGUGACGGCCUACGGUGCGGCCUCGACCGUCCUUGCCUGUCCAGUCUUGCUCGCUAUCACGUUAGCGUUCGCUUCCACGUAGAACUUACAAGUAGUGGGUGGCAGAGGUCAUGUGGACUACGAGUAGACCAAAAGAAGCGGGUCAGGUGCUGCUAUCAACGAAGACUGUGCAAAUUACGAACAAUGUGUAUAUGCCCUGUGCCAUUGCCAUAUUAAGACUGCGAUGUUAGAGACUCGUGUAUGUGUUCCGUGUUAUUUGUAAUUAUUUACCUUAAUUGAACACUCUUUGAUAAUGACUGUAUCUUUUGUAUGAUAAAAGGAAUAAGCGUAUGGACAUGCGCGUAUUCCCUAGGGAAUUUUCCGUUUAAGAAUUUGUAAAUGUGUAUAGAAUGCUUUAGUAAGUUCCUUAAGAGCUACGUGAAUUACCAGUUAGGUUUAGAGACAUGGUGGAGCUAUGGAGGCACCACGGCCCACGGUCUGGAUGGGUGGUUACUGUACAUAAUACUCGUUAACUAAGUAAUUGAUAUUCGAUACGGGCCACAAUACAGAGCACUCUUAACCUAAUUUUUAUAAAUCUGAAGGGCUUCGUUUUAAUCAAUGUAUAAAAUUAAAUAACAGGUUAUUUUAUGACAAAUAAUUUAUUCAAUAAGUCAGUUUAUGUACAGAUUGUUUUGCGUUACAUUGCUGUUGAUAGUUAUUUUGUGAUAGUUGAUAAGUUAAUUCUUAGCACUAUAUUUAACACUUCACAUUAUAAAUAAUUAGCAACCCCUCUGAUUGUACUGUAAUAUUUUUUUGAUUGUAUAUUUAGUUAAAUUACAGUAGAAUAUAUAUAUAUACAUGGUGAAACACGUACAUGUGAUGAAAAACAGUAAUGAUGUCCUUCUGAUAACUGAUCGGAUGUAAAUAGAGUAAAUUGUCUCGCAAAAUAUAUAUUUUACUGUAAUUUUGUGUAUAGUUUAAUUCCAAUUGGUGUAAUAUUGUUAAUUACUUUCGCGCGCAAAUAACCAUUACAUGUUUUUAAACUUUUCCUUCACUAAUGUUGAAAUUUAACCUGUGAAAUAUGAAAACGGAUGCUCGUCCAGUUUUAAAAUAAACAUUUUCUAAAGUGAUAAUACUAAAUAAACCUAAUUGUAAUUUAUUAUUAUAAUCAAUCAAAGUACUGUUGAAAUUAUUAUUUAAAACCUAAUACUAUGUUUUAUCAAUAACAAAUAUAAAUUCCUUAUCAUGCUAAAAAUAAAAAUGUGGUAAGUAAAAUAUGUUAUAAUUACUAAAUUUUCUAAAACUAAUAUUUAGGUUCCACCAUUUUUGUUUAAACGCGAUGUAAAAUAUAUUGGAAUUGUACAAAAUACUGAAUAACUUUCCAGCUAGAAGUGUAUGUAAAGUUUUGUUCUGACUUUUUAUGAAUUUAUACUAUUAUGAAUUAUAUAAUAUAAAGCCGAUUUUAAUGAACUCAGUGACUAACAAGAUUGUUUAAACUUAGUUACUUCACCUGUGAAUUUCCGUGAUUAACUGUUUUAUUCAAGUUAUGAUGUAUAGUUUUAUUAACUAAUAAAAAUAUUAAAACUCGGGAGCUUUACUAAUUAAAUUAUCCAAUCAGUUUAAAAUCAACUUCAUUCUACUGUUCGUUAAAUAACUUUUAUAAAAUGAUAAACGAUGUCCAUACAAUAUUAUUUGAAUAUUGAAGUUAUCAUGACAAUUAUUAAUAUUAAUAUACUAAGUAUGAUAUUGUUGUAUGUAUGUUAGGUCAUUAAAGAAACUAUUAUUUUAGUAAUGGAAUUAAGAUGUAGCGUAAGAUUUACUAACAAGUGAUACGUAAAACAGCGUAAUUGUACAAAUAUUUCAUUUACGUAACCAUUGACUUGCACCCAGAAGUGAAUAUUUCUAACUUGUACAUAGAAAUGGUGGUAUAUACAUACUAAAAAUAGCAAACGUAAAUCAAACCAAUUUCGUUGCAUUACCGACACACUGUUUAUACCAUACAUGCCCGGUUACUCUUCUUUGAAAAGAGAAUUAUAUAUAUUUUUGAGAGACAGAUGUAAGUGUUUCCUUGUGUGUGUUUUAUAAAUUUAUUAGUGAUAAGAAUUGUAAAUUGAUGUCACUUUUCCAGUAAGUGCUUUGAUCUCCUCAUUAUUGUGUGAUUUUAGUGUUAAUUUGUUUUCCGUAAUGUAUAAAAUAAAAUUAAUUUAUUAUUAUUUUUAUACGUUUUAAGAUUUAUUUAAAAUUAUUAUUAAACAGCCCUUGCCGUUAUUGUACGAGUUGACUAAAUAUGUGUGCAAUUACAUUUUAAUACUUAAAAAGUUUAUUGGGAAGUUUUUUUUACUCGUGUAUAAAUAAAUUAAUAUUUAAAAGUUAUGCAAAUUUAUAAUAAAAUUGUAUUACUUCCAUUAAAACACUGGUUUAGCAAUUACAAAAUUUUAAAUCCCAAACUAUACCAAAAAUCAUUGUGGAAAGUUUCCUUUAUUCUUGUAUAACUGAAUUAAUAUUUUAACAAAGCAAUUAAAAAUUGUUAAACCCUUACACAUUUAAAUUUACGAGACUCCAACGAAAAAGCAAUCAUAAUAAUAUUUUAUUUCUUUAUCAUCCAUUGGCUAUCAUGAAUACAUAUAUAUAUUAAAAAUAAAAUGUUCGUAAAGUAUUGAACUAGUUUAUUUAAUGAGUUAUUUAAUAAAUAAUGCAAAGGGGAAUAAAGAAAAUCACCACUUAUUCUAAAAUCACACAAUAUAUUUUUCUACACCACUGUAAGACUUGUGAUAGGUAUAGGCUGAUUUUAAAGCGUAGUUUAUACAGUUUAAUUCCAAGUAUAUUUUGCCCUUCAAAAUAUAAGAUAUUACAAUCAUUAUCGUUAUCUUAUUCUGAAUAUUCAGUAUAAAUAAUUAAUAACCAAGUUUGUAAAUAUUAAUUUUUGUUUAAUUUUCCAAAAUAUAUUGUGCAGUGUUACACCUGUGAGAUAAAACUCUACUGCACUUCAGCUACGCAAGAUAAAAUCAGCUGAAACCUAUAUAUUCUGUUAGUGAGAAUGAGAGAAAGGGAGAGAGAGAGAGAGAGAGAGAUGCCAUGUCUACUUUUGUAACGUGAGAGCUUACACGUGUAGGUAGCUAGUUUUGUAUAUGACGUACGUCUGUCUGUCUGUCUGUCUGUUGUCGGUUACGUGGAGAGCUUUCUUUCUCGGCAUUUAGUACCUUUCCCACUAGUGUAUUAAGUUUUGUAUUGAGUUACAUGUGAUCAGUACUAAAUGUGCUUUCUUUUAUAAAUGUGCAAUGCUACAUUAUAUAUUGUAAACAUUUCUGUGUGAACCAUGACAAGUAAAAGUGAUUUACAUUUGGAUGAGUAAAUGGAAUUAUCAAUU